CUAAACGGACCUAUAAUCACCUAUCUGCCAAGAGGCUUGCUUGAGGUUGACCGGAUCAUAAAAGUCAACACUCGAUCAUCAAACUUCAAACACGCUGCUUGGCUGCUUCCAAUCACACGAAUGAACUCAGAAAAAAUGGUCGCCGGAGCAUCCUGGUUAAGCUUGGCCCUCUUCCUCUUCCUCUUCCUUUUCCUUCUCGCCUGCUACUUCUUCCCCAAACGGCGUCCAAAUAGCAGCAAACUCCUCCCGCCGAGCCCGCCUUCCCUCCUGAUCAUUGGCCACCUCCACUUGCUCUCCAGCCACUCCCCUCACCGAUCUCUCCACAACCUCGCCGCCAAAUACGGCGCCGUCCUACUCCUCCGAUUCGGAUCCCGCGACGUCCUGGUAAUCUCCUCUCCUUCCGCCGUCGAAGAAUGCUUCACAGACAACGACGUCGCUUUCGCCAACCGCCCCCACUCGCUAGGCGGGAAGCACCUCAACUACAACUUCUCCACCAUCGGAGCUUGCAACUACGGCGACCGCUGGCGCCGCCUCCGCCGCCUCACCACCUUGGAGCUCUUCUCCCCGCCCCGCGUCGCCGCCUUUGCCGCCACCAGGCGUGUGGAGGCUGGACUGAUGUUGAAGGAGUUGCUCCACGAAGCCGAGUCCGGUGAAGGACGAGUGAAUCUGAGCUCGAAAUUCAGAUGGUUCGCCUUUAACGCCAUGCUUAGAAUGGUCGCCGGGAAGCGGUACUUCGGAUACGGGGAAUUGGAUUCGGUCGAUAAAGAAGCGAAGGAGUUUCAAGACCUAAUUGGCGAAUUCACCGCGAUUCAGGGGAGCUCUGCUCCUAACGAUUUCUUUCCCCUGCUUAGAUGGCUCGAUUUCGGGAGCCUGGAGAAGAGGAUGAAAUCAAUUAUGGACAAAUUGGAUGGAUUCCUGCAGCGCCUUGUUGACACCUUUCGAGAAGCUAACCCUAGAUCCGCCGAAUCCCAAUCUUCUCAACCAGACGGUGGCGAAACCCUAAUCGACGUCAUGCUGUCGUUGCAGGAGACAGAGCCUGAGUUUUACACAGACGAGACGAUCAAAGGCGUUAUCCUGGUAAUGCUUAUCGCCGGCACAGAGACUUCAUCGACGACAAUGGAAUGGGCGAUGGCGUUGCUGCUUAAUAAUCCCGAAGCGAUGAGUAAUUUGGCUUCUGAUAUUUAUCAAAACGUUGGGUUUGGCCGUCUGCUGGAGGAAACAGACUUGCCAAAGCUCAAUUACCUGCAGAAUGUGAUCGACGAGACACUGCGUCUGUACCCGCCGGUGCCGCUGCUGAUCCCACACGAAUCGUCGGAGGAAACGACUGUGUGUGGGUAUAAUGUGCCCAAGGGGGUUAUGCUGCUUGUGAAUGUUUGGUCUUUGCACAGAGACCCAGAGCUGUGGGGUGCAGAGCCGGACAGAUUCUUGCCGGAGAGAUUUGGAGGAGGCGCGGCGAUGAUGAUGACGAAGAAGGAGGUCAAGUACAAGUUAGUUCCAUUCGGCGCCGGGAGAAGGGCGUGCCCCGGUGAUGUUCUCGGUAAGAAAGUGGUCGGAAUGGCUUUGGGUGCUCUGCUUCAGGCGUUUGAGUUCAGUAGAGUUCAUGGAGUGGAGAUUGAUAUGGCUGAGAGUACUGGCUUGACCAUGGCUAGAGCUCACACGUUGGAGGUUCUGUGUAAACCUCGCAGCACAGCCAUGGCUGAAUUCCUCUCCACCAUGAGAAGUGAUUACAGCACUAGCGGGUAAUCUGAUGAUAGCAUCCACUACACGAUUGAACUGCGACACAAUUUACCGAUUACAGAUUUGCU